AUGGAAUUCCUCAUAUGGCGAUCCUACGUGACCAACAUCACGCCUCCCAUGCAGUAUGUCUAUGGUGGUGAAACUAUGCUUGGAUUCAAUCGGGGUAAUCAUAAUCGAACUAAUACCUAUCUUGCCGUCCUUGAGGCAAAAAAACGUGUCCUCAGCCAUCUGUGGAGCAUUGAGCUAGGAAACGAGCCAGACGUCUAUCUUUGGCAAAACAAGGCCGAUGCCGUCAUUCCAUGGAAUGCUAGUCAAGAGGGAGCAGAUGCUGCCAAUUGGGCUCAAGGCUUUAUUGAUGCGUGGAAGUCCCCCUCCCGAUCCUCACUGCAGGCUCAUACGCCAUUAGCUAUUUUCGCGGAAAGAGUCUUCAUGGCUACCUUCGUCAACCGGUCGUUCAUUCUUGGUGAAACGAACUUCCAUCCUUACGACGUGGGAAUGGAUGAACCUUUUGGCGCUGCCUUGGCCACCCUAGAUAAGUCUUUGCACGUUGUGACUUUAGGAAUCCAGCGUUUGUAUUUCCAUCAGGGAACCAUCAAUCAAGGAGAGCACAUCGUUGAGCUGGACUCGGGAAACGGCUCCUACGCCCAGUACGUGAUUUACAGCAAGGGUCGACCGACGAAAGCCGUACUCGUAAACACAGACUAUUUCUCCGGUAGUGGUGUGCGAACUAAGAGCACGAUCAGGCUCAAUGGUCUGGUGAACUCCCGUGUCAAGGCUGUGCGAAUGACGGCGGCGUCGAGCGAGGUGACCACGAAUGGCACGGCCUCCUACCCUAUCAUUGGAGGCCAAUUUUUCUCUAAUGUCGACUGCUCUUCCAUUGGUGCUUUGACGUAUAAAAAGACCGCCGUGACCACUGGUAAAGUGACGAUCACUGUCGCCGCCUCGGAAGCAUUGUUACUAUACUUGUAG